GACCUGUCUGGUUCAAUAGAUGAUCUACCCAUGGGUACAGAAGGAGCCCUGAGUCCUGGAGUAAGCACAUCAGGGAUUUCCAGCAGUCAAGGAGAGCAGAGUAACCCAGCUCAGUCUCCUUUCUCUCCACAUACCUCUCCUCACCUGCCAGGCAUCAGAGGACCUUCCCCAUCCCCAGUUGGAUCUCCAGCUAGUGUUGCUCAGUCCCGCUCUGGUCCGCUUUCACCUGCUGCAGUACCAGGCAAUCAGAUGCCACCCCGACCGCCCAGUGGCCAGUCGGACAGUAUCAUGCAUCCUUCCAUGAACCAGUCAAGCAUAGCGCAAGAUCGAGGUUACAUGCAGAGGAAUCCUCAGAUGCCCCAGUACAGCUCACCCCAGCCUGGCUCAGCCUUAUCUCCCCGUCAGUCUUCUGGAGGACAGAUGCACGCUGGAAUGGGGCCAUACCAGCAGAACUCCAUGGGAAGCUACGGACCCCAGGGUGGGCAGUACGGACCUCAAGGAGGUUAUCCCAGGCAGCCAAACUACAAUGCUAUGUCCAAUGCCAACUACCCCAGUCCAGGAAUGGCAGGAAGCAUGAACCCCAUGGCAGCAGGGAGCCAGAUGCAUGGGCAGACUGGUGUGCCACCAUACAGCGGGCUUCCUCCGGGGAGGAUGAGCCAUGCAACCAUGGGGAACAGACCUUACGGACCUAACAUGGCGAAUAUGCCACCUCAGGUGGGGACAGGGAUGUGCCCCCCUCCAGGUGGCAUGAAUCGCAAAGCACAAGAAGCGGCUGCUGCCGCCAUGCACGCUGCUGCCAACUCCAUCCAGAACAGGCCUCCUGGUUAUCCCAACAUGAAUCAAGGGGGAAUGAUGGGCACUGGACCUCCUUAUGGACAGGGAAUUAACAGUAUGGCUGGCAUGAUAAACCCCCAGGGCCCACCCUAUCCGAUGGGCGGGAAUAUGGCUAACAACUCCGCAGGGAUGGCAGCCAGCCCUGAAAUGAUGGGUCUUGGGGAUGUCAAAUUAACACCUGCGACUAAAAUGAACAAUAAGGCAGAUGGGACACCAAAAGCAGAAUCCAAGUCAAAGAAGUCCAGUUCCUCUACUACAACCAAUGAGAAGAUCACCAAACUCUACGAGCUGGGUGGUGAGCCCGAGCGGAAGAUCUGGGUAGAUCGUUACCUCGCCUUUACCGAAGAGAAGGCCAUGGGCAUGACCAAUCUCCCAGCGGUAGGCAGGAAACCCUUGGACCUUUACCGGCUCUACAUCUCGGUGAAGGAGAUCGGAGGAUUGACUCAGGUCAACAAGAACAAGAAAUGGCGUGAGUUAGCCACAAAUCUCAACGUGGGCACGUCCAGUAGUGCAGCUAGUUCUUUGAAGAAGCAGUACAUCCAGUGUCUCUAUGCCUUUGAGUGCAAGAUUGAGCGAGGCGAAGACCCCCCUCCAGAUAUCUUUGCAGCUGCCGAUUCAAAGAAGUCUCAGACUAAGAUACAGCCUCCAUCUCCAGCGGGUUCAGGCUCGAUGCAGGGCCCUCAGACACCUCAGUCCACCAGCAGCUCCAUGGCAGAAGGAGGAGACUUGAAGCCACCGACUCCAGCAUCUACGCCACACAGUCAGAUGCCCCCUUUGCCAGGCAUCAGGAGUAACUCCGUGGGCCUUCAGGAUGCUUUUGCAGAUGGUAGUGAUCCUGCGUUCCAGAAACGGAACUCCAUGACUCCAAAUCCAGGGUACCAGCCCAGCAUGAAUACCUCCGACAUGAUGGGUCGCAUGUCUUAUGAGCCAAAUAAAGAUCCUUACAGCAGUAUGAGGAAAGCUCCAGGAAGCGAUCCCUUCAUGUCCUCAGGGCAGGGCCCCAACAGUGGUAUGGGUGACCCUUACAAUCGUGCUGCAGGUCCAGGGAUGGGUAACAUGGCCAUGGGACAGCGGCAACACUACUCCUACGGAGGUCCUUACGACCGAGUGAGGACGGAGCCCGGCAUGGGACCUGAGGGCAACUUAGCAACCGGGACUCCGCAGCCCAACAUCAUGCCUUCCACCCCUGAAUCGGGGAUGUACUCUCCCAGCCGCUACCCACAGCAGCAGCAACAGCAGCAGCAAAGACAUGAUUCCUAUGGCAAUCAAUUUUCCACUCAAGGCACGUCCUCGGGCAGCCCCUUCCCCAGCCAGCAAACUACCAUGUAUCAACAGCAACAGCAGAAUUACAAGCGACCGAUGGAUGGCAGCUAUGGCCUGCCUGCUAAGCGGCACGAAGGGGAGAUGUACAACGUACCAUACAGCACAGGGCAGGGGCAGACGCAGCAGCAGCUGCCUCCAGCACAGACCCAGCCACCAAGCCAGCAGCAAACUGCGCAGCCGUCUCCACAGCAGGACCUGUAUAACCAGUAUGGGAGUACAUACCCUGCUGCUGACCGCCGAUCUGCCGGAGGGCCGCAGAACCAGUUCCCAUUCCAAUUUGGCAGAGACAGGGUCUCGGCUCCCCCAGGCUCCAAUGCUCAGCAAAACAUGCCUCCUCAGAUGAUGGGUGGUCCCAUACAGUCUGCUCCAGAGGGCCCGCAGCAAGGUGCCAUGUGGCAAGGGCGCAACGAAAUAGGGUACAGCUAUCCGAAUCGGCAGAGCACUGGCUCUGCGCCCCAGGGGCCUGCUUAUCAUGGAGUGACUCGAACAGAUGAAAUUCUGCAUUCAGACCAGAGGGUCAACCAUGAGGGACCGUGGCCUUCCCACGGGAACCGGCAACCUCCUUAUGGUCCCUCUGCCCCCGUGCCCCCCAUGACUAGGCCCCCCCAGUCUAACUACCAGACCGCCCCUAGCAUGCAGAAUCACAUUCCUCAGGUAUCCAGCCCAGCACCUCUGCCCAGACCUCUGGAGAAUCGCACUUCUCCUAGUAAAUCUCCAUUCCUGCACUCGGGGAUGAAAAUGCAGAAGGCAGGACCACCAGUCCCUGCCUCGCAUAUAACACCAGCAGCUGUACAGCCUCCCAUGAUCCGACGAGACAUCACCUUCCCUCCAGGAUCAGUAGAAGCAACGCAACCUGUGUUGAAACAAAGGAGACGGCUGACAGCAAAAGAUAUUGGAACUCCUGAAGCCUGGAGAGUGAUGAUGUCUCUGAAGUCCGGGCUGCUAGCUGAAAGUACGUGGGCCUUAGAUACCAUAAACAUCCUGCUCUAUGAUGACAACAGCAUAAUGACCUUCAACCUCAGCCAGCUGCCAGGCUUGCUGGAACUCUUGGUGGAGUAUUUCCGGCGCUGCCUGAUCGAGAUCUUUGGAAUCCUGAAGGAAUACGAGGUGGGAGACCCAGGGCAAAGAACACUAUUAGAUCCCGAAAGGUUCUGCAAAUCUUCAGCUUCCUCUCCUGAAGAAGGGGAGGAGGAUGAUGAACCACGGAGCCCGAACUGUGAGGAGGAAGAAGAGGAUGAGGAAGAGGAGGAGGCUGCCUUUUCGAGCAAGGACAAAGUACCUCUAGAGAGCAGCGAGGAAAAACUAGUUAGUAAAUUUGACAAGCUUCCAAUCAAGGUCGUGCAGAAAAAUGACCCGUUUGUGGUAGAUUAUUCAGACAAGUUGGGGCGAGUGCAGGAGUUCGAGAGCGGACUGCUGCACUGGCGGAUUGGUGGCGGAGAUACCACCGAGCACAUUCAGACCCACUUUGAGAGCAAGACGGAGCUACCUGUGACUCAUAAACGAGCUUCCUGCAACUCCGUCUUGAGGAAACGUUCAGCAGCUGAGAGCAAUCCGAGCACUAGGGAAGGAGAGACUCUUCCAUCCGACAGCUCCUCGGAGAAGAGGAUAACCGCCACCAUGGAUGACAUGCUUUCAGCACGUCCGGGCUCCCUGGCAGGGGAGGAGGAAGAGGUCAAAGCUUUGGAAACGGCGAAGGAAAGCAGCAAGUUUCCCUUUGGCAUUAGUCCAGCUCAGAGCCACAGAAAUAUAAAAAUUCUGGAGGACGAACCUCACAGUAAAGACGAGACGCCCCUCUGCACCCUCCUAGACUGGCAGGACUCUCUGGCGAAGCGCUGCAUCUGUGUCUCUAACAUCAUCAGGAGUUUAUCGUUUGUGCCGGGCAAUGACUUUGAGAUGUCUAAACAUCCCGGGCUGCUGCUGAUUCUAGGGAAACUGAUUCUCUUACACCACAAGCAUCCAGAACGCAAACAGGCACCCCUGACCUAUGAGAAAGAGGAGGAGCAGGACCAAGGGGUGAGCUGCAACAAGGUGGAGUGGUGGUGGGACUGCUUGGAGAUGCUGCGUGAAAAUACACUGGUCACGUUGGCCAACAUUUCUGGCCAGCUGGACCUCUCCCCUUACCCGGAAAGCAUCUGUUUGCCUAUCCUGGAUGGACUCCUCCACUGGGCAGUGUGUCCAUCAGCGGAGGCCCAGGAUCCCUUUCCAACACUGGGGCCCAAUGCGGUCCUCUCCCCUCAGAGACUGGUUUUGGAAACACUCAGCAAACUCAGCAUCCAGGACAACAAUGUGGAUUUGAUUCUUGCAACUCCCCCCUUCAGUCGCUUGGAGAAGCUGUACAGCACCAUGGUGCGGUUCCUUAGUGACAGAAAGAACCCGGUGUGUCGAGAGAUGGCUGUGGUACUACUGGCCAACUUGGCACAGGGGGACAGCCUGGCAGCAAGAGCGAUUGCUGUGCAGAAGGGCAGCAUUGGCAACUUGCUGGGCUUCUUGGAGGACAGCCUGGCCGCCACGCAGUUCCAGCAGAGCCAGGCCGGCUUGAUGCACAUGCAGAACCCACCCUUUGAAUCGACGAGCGUGGACAUGAUGCGCCGAGCUGCUCGGGCGCUGCUCGCCCUGGCCAAGGUGGACGAGAACCACUCGGAGUUCACGUUAUACGAGUCGCGGCUGUUGGACAUCUCCGUGUCGCCUUUGAUGAACUCUUUGGUUUCACAAGUUAUUUGUGAUGUACUGUUUUUAAUUGGCCAGUCAUGACAGCUGUGGGAUCCGAGACCCUGUGUGCGUGUGCGUGAGUGGAGAACUUAGAAACUGACUGUUGCCCUUUAUUUAUGCAAAACCACCUCAGA